UCUCUAAUCUCACCUUUACAUUUUAUAAGUAUAUCAUAUUUUUUGUUUGAUUAGCAUUGGACCAACACAAAAACAUGUCUAGAGAUAUUACAAAAUUACAGGCUCAUUCGUGUCUGGAACACCGAGAAACUUGCAAUGGCCUUUGAGUUCAUUAGCUCAAAGAAAGUCACAACAAUCCGACUAGUCAAGAGCCCUGAGAGUAUGCUCUGAUUGUCAUUCAUUUGCAAAGUUAGCAUCAAAGGUGUAUAACCGAGAGAAAUCGUUCUAAAAUACAAUAACAAUGACUUGUACACGUGCCGGUUAAAACGUCCCUUGUCAGUUGUGAGGUAACUAAAAUAGUUGAAACCGAAAGUGUUUUUUUUUUGCGUGUAUAUAUAAAACCAAACUGGUUCAGGGUAAAAAAUAAAUAAAUUAAAACCCUAAUUUCUACUUCAAAAGUGUUUUCCUUUGACUUUGCCUGAUCACAAGAGAAACCAACAAUGAUGGUGAUGUCCGAUAUUCCGCAGGAUUUGAUAGAGGAAAUACUCUCUAGGGUUCCAGCCGCAUCUUUGAAACGACUACGAUCCACUUGCAAACGAUGGAACCAUUUAUUCAAAGAUCAAAGAUUCACGGAGAAGCACUUUCGUAAUGCUCCAAAGCAGUCUCGGAUUCUCAUAUCAAACGACUAUAGGAUUUGUUCAGUGAAUGUCAAUCUCAACGUUGCUCCUCCACCUAUAGAAUUUAAGGAUUUCCAUCCUUGUUCCCACCAGCAAAUCCAUGUAGUCGAGGUUUUUCACUGCGAUGGUUUGUUGUUAUGCACCAUUUGGAAGGACAACAAGUACAGACUCAUGGUUUGGAAUCCGUGUUCAGGGGAAACUAGGUGGAUCCAAACCACAACUUAUAGCAAGAGCUUCUCUACGCGUAGCCUUGCUCUAGGAUACCAAAACAACAAAUCCUUCCGUAGCUACAAAAUCUUAAGCUGUUGGUCGACUAGUUACAGCCUAAUCCAGGGAGAUGCUGGUUUCAAAAUUUAUGACCUCAGCUCUGAUUAUUGGAGGGUUUUGGAUGAUGACUUGGCUCUCCGCGGCUCUACAAUACCAAAUCGUGGUGUGUCAUGCAAGGGAAAUGCUUAUUGGCUUGUCACGGAAAAAACAGGUGGUUUGCUUGGUUUUGAUUUUACGAGAAACAGUUUUAUACGUUUUUGUCUUCCGCCAAUUCCGAAUCCUUGCGAUAUGAUUCUAUCAGUUGUGAGAGAAGAAAAACUCUCAUUGUUAUAUUGGUCCCGUCGUGUAUCAUACAUGGAGGUGUGGAUGACCAAUGAAAUUGAUGGUACUCAAGCUGCUUUGUGGAGCAAAUCAUUUACAGUGAAAAAUCCCAAUAAUUUUAUUCCGUGCUUUAUGAGUUUCUUAGUUGACGAGGAGAAGAAACUGGUCUUGGGUUGUAAUUCGGCUUUCGGAGGAGAUCAUAUCAAGAAACUGUACACUACUGGAGAGGACAGUGGAUAUUCCACAGAAAUCCCUUCUGUAGGAUCCAAACACAAAACAUUGUCUCCAUUUAUUUUCAGUUAUGUUCCAAGUUUGGUCCAAAUCCAGCAAGGUGGGAGCAAUGAAACUAAUAAUACUAGUUGAUAGGAACUUCCAUCUACUUUUUUAUUUGUUUUUGUUUGGAACAAUAUAUAAUGAAACUGAUCUAUUAUUUUUACCCUUUUUUUGCUACACCACCUGUAAGUUUGUUACCUUAUUAUUCCUAUCUUCUUUGUGCUGUGUGUUUGAUUUUAUUCGAGGGCUUUGUGCAACAUGAUAGCGUCCAAUAACAUUCGCCAAGAAUUACGAAGGAGGCAUAGGUGGCUUGAAUCUAAUGAUGGAUUCUGGUAUUAAAGCUGAUAAGAUUUCAGUGACCUGAUUGAUAUGUACAUGAAGUGUCACAUGCAAGAUAGGUGCGCUUUAGUAUCUUUGUUCGGAUGUCAAACAACGUGAAACUCGAUAGCCGCUGGCUAUAUAUAUAUGAGAAGAUGAGGUAUAUUUAUCCUGGAAACAAACAAAACCAUCUCCAGAGAAAAAUAUUGUUUUGCUACCAACAUAAAAUCAAUUGGUGAUAACUUGAUUGGUUCGAGUCUCUUAUGUAUUACUUAAAUAUUUCCAACUUCGAAUGUAAGAUUGUGUUCCUAAUAUAAUCUGCACUUUUGUGCAAGCAAGCAUGUUAGACCCAUGAGUCACCCUGAAAUGCCCAAAUAGAGGCAGUGCUCAACGAU